AUGAUUAUUUUGCAUCAAAACCAUUUUCAUUUCGGUUCGGUUCGCGACUGCUCCUCUCACUUCUCGCUACCUCUGCCUUACUUACUAGUGGUUUGGUCUUCAAAUCUGGAGAAUCUCUCUAACUUAGAGAUGGCUGCCGACCCGGCAACAACACGGGUGUGCUUUGCUGUGGAUGUGGAGGACGUUGACCCAUCGUCUUUCGUACUCGUCACCGGCUCUACGGCCUCUCUCGGACAAUGGGAUCCCCUCAAGGCGAUGACCCUCACUCAGGAUGCCGACAGACCUACUCGUUGGCGUGGUUUCGUGGACACAACGGACGAUGAAGUCCGUUUCCGAUAUUUCAUUGGAUACUUUCUGAGUUCCGAGCAGGGGCAGCGUCUAAUCAUAGAUAGAUGGGAAUCUUUCCUCAAUCCGCGAUGCUGUGUUAUUAAAGCGGAACACAAGGGUACAACACGCAGGGCAAAUCAUGUUGAUCUUUUUGGGUACUUCGCCGGGCACAAAGUUCUGUCAGAGGGAUGGUUACAGUAUGAUGAUGAAAAUCAGAUCCUUCUCCGACUUCAUGGGAACGCUCUCAAGUUUUAUAAGUCGGCAAAAGAGCGAAAGAAUUGUACAGUGAGGAUUAAUCCCAUGGAUGUCCGUCAACGUUUGAGAGGCGGAGCUCACAUAAGUUUUAGUUAUGGUGUGGAUGAAGAAGAUGAUGAAGACGAUGCAAACGCACUCCCUUAUCCUAGCCAUUCUUCGAUUUCCGUUGCGGUUCUUUCGGACAAAAAUCCCAAAUUCAGACCUCAACCAGAUGUUGGGAUAACCUUUAACAACAACAAAGAUUACGUCGUUUACAAGACGCACUCUGUUGCUGUGGAGUUCCUCGCAUUUUAUAUCGAGAUCUUCUCAGAGGAGGGGAAAAGGAUUGGUGCUUGCUAUGCUCUACCGUCUUCACUCACUGACUCCUGUGGCCUUUCGCAACUGCCUUUCAUCAACUCAUCUGGAAGACCGAUUGGACAGAUAACUGUGGAAUACCUGUUCGUGAGAAACCUUCGUCGACCUGUUCCUACGCAGAACAUGGAGGUGUCAUACAGUAGGCAUUGGAAGAAAAGAAACACCAUAGAAGUGGGUCACCGUGGCGCUGGAAACUCCUACACAAAGUUUGCAGCCGCUCGUGAAAACACUAUCUUCUCGCUCAAUACUGCUGCAAAAAAUGGAGCUGAUUACGUUGAGUUCGACGUACAACUGACGAAGGAUAAGGUUGCUGUAAUCUAUCACGACUUCCAUGUGCUCGUCUCCGUAGCAAAACGUCAUCCACCACUCCCUGAAAUAUUGCAUCCAGCGGAUGUGCACAGCGAGAAGCUCAUUGAGUUUUAUGAAAUACCGGUGAAGGAUUUGAAGCUGAGUCAGUUGAAGCUGUUGAUGCUGGACCACGUAAACUAUCGUCAAAUGAAGGAAAAAGUCAAGAAGCUGGUUGAGGACGGUGAAGAAGAAGAAGAUUUCAAACCAUUUCCCACAUUGAUUGAGGCACUUACUAAAGUAGAUCCAGAUGUCGGCUUCAAUGUGGAAAUCAAGUACCCUAUGAUGCAAAUUAAUGGAGAACACGAAUGCGAUCACUAUUUUGAGCGGAAUGAGUUUAUCGACGUCAUCUUGGCUGACCUGCUCAAUAAUGCUGGCAAUAGGAGGAUCAUGUUCUCCAGUUUCGAUCCGGACAUCUGUUCUUUGAUAUCUAUGAAGCAGAACAAAUAUCCCGUGUUGUUCCUGUGUGUUGGAGAAACACAGCGCUAUACUCGGUUCCAAGAUCAACGCACAAGCACUAGUCUUACUGCCGUCAAUUUUGCCGCUGGAGCUGAUAUCAUGGGCGUGAAUUUCAACUCUGAAGAUCUUUUGAAUGAUCCAUACCCGGUCAAAAGAGCUAACGACUUUCGGCUGAUUACAUUCGUCUGGGGAGAUGAUUUGGAUAAAAAGGAGAAUAUCAAUUACUUCAAAAAAGAGCUAGGGGUUGAUGGUUUGAUUUAUGAUAGGAUCGGCGAAGAUGAGCGCCGAAGAAAUGUAUUUAUUGUUGAACGUGAACAAAAGCGAGCUCUCUUCAAGAUUAGUUCAGGGAAUAAUACACCUCAGAGAACUAUAUCUCCACUGGGGUCAAACAGCUCGCGAUCGUCUCUGGAUGAUGCUUCUUUGAUACACGACCAUGAACAUGAGGCUUUGAAAAGUUAUAAGGAGAUCCCUGAGAUCUCCAAUGACGUCGCUUUGAAUCGCAUCGAUGUCUCACCCAAAGUGCAGGUCACUCGCUCAUAGCUUUUUGCUAUUUAAUUAAAAUUUUCUCCCCCAUUUAUACGCGUCAUGUCCAUAGCAUUUGCCUUUUAUGACUCACUAGUGGAUUCGUAUUCUUCUUCAAACAUUUCUGUUUCUCAUACUUUCAUUCUGGUUUAGAUGCUGAUU